AUGCCUCCAACAGUAUCAGCAAAGCCGCAUGUCAUCGUCCUCAGCGGACCAAGCGGAUCUGGAAAAAGUACAUUAAUUACAAAACUAUUCGAAGAAUAUCCAACAGCGUUUGCUUUUAGCAUCUCACAUACAACAAGAUCUCCUCGUUCGGGCGAACAAAAUGGGCGCGAGUACCAUUUCGUCUCUCGACCUGACAUGGAAGGUAUGCUGAAUCGUGGCGAAUUCCUCGAAUCAACAGAAUUCUCAGGAAAUUUGUAUGGAACGAGUAAAAAAGCUGUUGAAGAUGUAACACGAACAGGGCGCAUAUGUUUACUUGAUGUUGAUAAACAAGGCGUGAAAAACAUUCGCAACAGUCAUCUCGAUGCCGUGUUUGUCUUCAUCAGUCCGCCGAGUUAUGAAAUUUUAGAGCAACGUUUACGCGGACGACAAACAGAUACCGAAGCCGCAAUCGAAAAACGUUUGAAAGAAGCGAAAGAAUCGAUGGAAUUCAGCAAAGAACCAGGUGUCUAUGAUCAUAUUAUAUUAAAUGAUCAACUCGAUGUGGCUUAUCAAUCACUAACAGACAUUCUACGAGAGAGUAUCAAUGCUGUUUUGGAACAACAAAAGGCGACAAAAAAUGGCAGCUAA